GCCAGCCAAAAAGCUGAUACAAAAUGUUCACGACAUUUUCAAUAUUGCUGAGAAGCUGGACUUUGGUGUUAGCCCAUGGAGACUAUAUUCGACGCCUUUGUUCAAAAAGGCGAUGAAGAUUUAUGAAGAUCACGAAAGGAGAGAAACCACGUGCAUGUCUCUACGGCGACGGAUGGGCAGCCACUCCAGCUGGGAGCGGAAAUGAGAGAUGUGGUCAAAUUUUCUGAAAUUUUCCAAAAUGACUGUCGGGCAAACAAAAGACAACCAUAAUGACUGUGAUGUUCGCAAAGUCGGGUUAAAUAUAAAUGUUAACGAAAUAUUUUAUCGAUGAAGGGAUAAAGAAAUUGGAAAAAUCAACAAAUAAUUCAGUGGAGACUUCAAACGCUGAGAAGCCAGUUCUAGAGAAACUGUUGGAUAUUGAUGUUCGGAUAGCACAUAUCAUGGCUUCAGAUAUGUUAUUGGCAGGUGUGGAUACGGCUGCCAACACAGCUGCUGCUAUCGCCACACUGUACCUUCUUGCACUCAAUCCGGAGAAACAGAACAAGCUCAGAGAAGAAGUACUGACCGGGCAUACUCGGAAACCGUACCUUAGGGCUUGCAUCAAAGAGUCCUUGAGAGUACUGCCAGUGGUCAAUGGAAAUGUAAGGUUAGCGACUAAAGAAUAUAAUCUACUUGGAUAUAAAAUACCGAAAGACAUUUUGAUAGGGUUCUCCCACCAGUACAUGUCAAUCAUGGCAGAGCACUACCCUCGACCUGACGAGUACAUCCCAGAAAGGUGGCUCGCUGAGAAGGGUGAUCCCUUGUUUUAUGGCAACACACAUCCGUUUGUCAUGGCUCCCUUUGGAUUUGGAGUUAGAAGUUGUAUAGGUCGCCGAAUUGCAGAGUUAGAAAUGGAAUCGCUGGUGUCCAAAAUCGUAGCGAAUUUUAGGAUCGAGUGGACCAGCAGUGAAUGCAUACAAAUAGCCCCUACUUCACUUAAUUAUAUCACAGAACCAUUCCACUUUGCUUUCAAAGAUUUAUAAUUGGUACAAAACCAACUAUUAUGGGCAUAAUAUACAAUUCUUAAUAUAUACCAAAA